AUGUUCUACGUGGAUCCAGGAACCGUCUUGAAGGCAACAGUUUCCAGGUUCAUGGGCCCCUCGGCCGGGAUGAACGUGGCCGGCAUGGGCCCCCUGAGCGGCAUGGCGGAGGCGGCCAAGUCGCUGGCCCCGCUGCACGCCGCGCCCCGCAGGAAGCGCCGGGUCCUCUUCUCCCAGGCGCAGGUCUACGAGCUGGAGCGGCGCUUCAAGCAGCAGCGGUACCUGUCGGCGCCCGAGCGGGAGCACCUGGCCAGCCUGAUCCACCUCACGCCCACCCAGGUGAAGAUCUGGUUCCAGAACCACCGCUACAAGAUGAAGCGGCAGGCCAAAGACAAAGCCGCGCAGCAGCAGAUGCAGCAGGACAACAGCGCCUGCCAACAGCAGCAGUCCCCCAGGCGAGUGGCGGGGGCCCUGCGUUUAAAAGACGGCCAAGCAGAAGUGACAAUUCAGAUGAAGACGUGGGUUGUGCCCACGGCAGUUCACGACACCAUUGACAUGUUUUGUUAA